AUGAGAGAAACCGACGAGUCAGAAUUCAGAUCUUUGGUUCAAGAAGAUGAGGAAAGUAACCCGUCGAAUCUGUCAAAUAUAGCCGAUCGGUAUCUCAUCCCUCAAUCGAACACCAAAACACAUUGGACUCGCAUUGUCAUAUAUACACUCUUUGUCCUUCUUGGCCAGUCCAGUGCCACUCUCCUGGGAAGAAUGUACUAUAGUAAAGGUGGAAAUUGUAUACUGCUAGAAUCCCUUCAAGAAACUAUUGGAUUCCCGAUUCUCAUCCCGUUUGCUUUAUACUUCUCCCCAAAAUACGAUCUCUCUGACAACGAGAAUCUAGCAAAUCAACCUUCUGCUCUGAAAUUAACAACAGUCUACAUAUUUCUUGGAAUACUUCAAUCAGCAGCAAGCGUGAUGUAUGCAGUUGGGCUGUUAAACCUUCCUGUCUCCAUAUUUUCGCUCAUUAGCACGACUCAGUUGGCCUUCAAUGCUUUAUUCUCUUUCUUUCUCAAUGCACAAAAGUUGACACCUCUAAUACUCAAUUCUGUGGUGCUUCUUACUAUAUCAGCAGCUCUCCUUGUACUCGGCGGUGACUCUACAAAUCAUGAAAAGGGUUCAAAAAGGAAACAAUUAAUAGGAUUCUCGUUCACUCUUAUUGCAUCAGCCUUAUAUUCCUUGAUGCUAUCACUAACACAACUAUCCUUCCAUAAGAUACUAAAAAGAGAAACCUUUAAUGUGGUGUUGAAUAUGAUAAUCUACCAAUCACUGGUAGCCACUUUUGUACUCUUACUAGCUCUCUUUAUUCGAGGUGAAUGGAAUAAUUUGAGGACUGAGAUGGAAAUUUUUGAACUGGGAAAGGAAUCAUAUGUUAUUGUUCUGGUUUUGACUACAUUAGCUUGGCAAGUUUGUUCUAUUGGAGCUGUCGGGUUAAUUUUUGAGGUCUCGUCUCUCUUUGCCAAUGUCAUUGGUACCGUUAGUUUACCUGUUGUCCCGAUUCUGGCAGCCAUCUUUUUUGAGGAAAAGAUGGACGGGCUGAAGGUGAUUUCCAUAUUUUUGGCAGCUUGGGGAUUUGCAUCAUAUAUUUAUCAGCAAUAUCUUGACAAUUACAAGACCAGAAAAGCCGGUGAACUUGUCAAUGAAGUAGUAGAAGCAUCUCUUGUAGAAAACUUUAGCAAUGAGAAAUUCAUCGUGUAA